ACAUCACUAGUAUGUUUUAAUUUGAGCUUGAAAUACCUAGAUGGACAUUGUUUUGUGAUUUGUAUUUUCAUUAAAAUAUAUUAUUUACUACCUAGUGUUUGUUAAAAAAGAAUGACCGCUGAAAACGAACGAGAGAUAUAUCACAAAUUGGAAGCAAUGAAAGAAAUUAGAAAUAAAACGAUAACCCUGGAGCGGCUGAAGCGUAGCAUACUAACGGAAGUGCGGAGUGGAGACCAGGAAGGGCGAUGUCUGGCGCAGUACAAGCGAGAGAUGGAACUGCUGCAGCAGGAGAAGAUGAGCCACGUCGAGGAGCUGCGGCAGAUACACGCUGAUAUAAAUGCAAUGGAGACGGUGAUAAAGCAAACAGAGGAGAGCAUGUCACGCAAGCUGUCGAACGCGUCGCGGCUGCACGAGGACUACCGGCCGCUGAAGGCGGAGGUGGACCUGCUGCGGCGCCAGUGCCUCGGGCUCGAGCGCCUGCCCGACCUGCACGAGGAGGAGGGCAGCCCCAUCACACCCGACCGGUUCCCGGCGCUGCCCCGCGCGGCCCCGUUCGCGGCGCCGGCCCCGCGCAAGCCGCCGCCGCCGCCGCCCGCCUUCAGGUCCGCCUUACAACAAGAUUUCCUUACCGUCUCGCUGAGGCAGCAGCCUCCCCCGAUGAAGUCGUGCCUGUCGUGCCACCAGCAGAUCCACCGCAACGCGCCGAUCUGCCCGCUCUGCAAGGCCAAGAGCCGCUCACGGAACCCCAAGAAACCUAAGAAGAAAUAGUGCACUAACCUAACCUUUAAUAAAGCCGGAUAAAUAACAUCUAACAUACAAUUUCGAAAGUAAACCCACUAAAUUGUGGGCGUGCUUACAUAUACACAAGU